AUGAAUCGAAUUUCUGCACGAGAAAGUUUUGCAUUUUUAAUGAAGUUUGCAACAAAUCUGUUACUAGCGAUGGUCACUGAGUUUGCUGUUGGCGUAAAGUAUGAUUCAUUUGAACCGAAUACAACAAAUCAUAAAAGUACACGUAAUUUGCAGGUACCUGAUUUCACGGAACCAGUUAUUAUUGUUGGUGGUGGCUUAGCUGGUUUGUCUGCCACAUUAGAAGCGAUACACGAAGGUGCAAAAGUUGUCCUUAUUGAAGGUGAAAAAGAUUUGGGUGGUAAUAGUCAAAAGGCUUCGAGUGGAAUAGCAGCUUGUAAUACUGAAGCACAGCGUAUGAGACAGAUAGCUGAUUCACCGGAUUUGUUUUAUUCAGAUACGAUGUCAGCUGGAGAUCAUGAGAAUGACCACAUAUUGGUUCAGCAAUUGGUACAUAAGUCUCCUACUGCUGUACAGUUUCUCAUUGAUAAUGGCGUUGACUUAUCUGACGUUAAUUUAUGUGGUGGGCAUUCAGUAAAAAGAGUUCACUGGAUACCACAGUCUAAAGAAGGCAAGCCGGUAGCAGUUGGUUUUAGUAUCAUCCAAGCAUUGAAGAAAGAACUUUAUUUACAUCAAAAAGCUCACCCGGAAAAGGUCAAUUUUUGUAUAUCGUAA